AUGCUGCGCAAAACAGAUCCUUUAACAGGACUCAAAACCUUUGUGGCAGAACCUAAGAGGGAACCAACUUGCUCUUACUGCAAGUCCCCUCAUCCCAUUAGAGUCUGCCCACAAUUUAAGCGAAUUUCGGUACCCAACCGAGUACAAUUCGCAAACCAAACCAAGCUGUGCAAAAACUGCCUUGGUAAUUCCCAUAGCAGUAAUGAGUGUCCGAGCAAGUGGUCAUGUACACAUUGCCAACAACGGCAUCACUCCCUGCUGCACAUGAACCCCAUACCACAAUCUCGACACUCCAGUGCGCGAGCGAAUGAAACCGCCGCACAACACACUACUGCCCAGUCGACACCUCCCGCUCGACAAGCGCAGUCAAGCUCCGAUUCCAGCGAGCAACCGUGCUGUUCCAAACAAGCACAAAUACAAUCAUUGCACACCGACAAUGAUAGCAAAAUUCUCCUUCCAACUGCCAUAGUCGCAGUUGAACACGAGGUUCAAAAACGGUUGAAACUACCAUUCGAACAUUCCAAGUUCGAAAUUUCCGGCAUGGGUGGACAUGUAGUACAAAGCUCCUCAAAGCUUUGUCCACUCACAUUGGUAGCACCAAAAACCAUGCAACGGAUAAACACACAGGCUAUCGUGUUACCUCAGCUCACGAGGCACAUGCCUACAUUCACCAUUAGCCGCGAAAACUGUCAGCAAUUCAAGAUCCUUGAACUUGCUGACCCAAGCUGUCACAUACCAGCUCAAACUGACAUGGUAAUCGGCAGCGAUAUACUUCCACAAAUCCUGCUGGAAGGUAUACAAAAUAUUUGCGACACUAUACUUGCGCAAAAAACAAUAUUUGGCUGGAUUCUCAGUGGUCCAAUAACCGAAAAUGUGGCGUCAUUCUCGACACAAGUAGAAGAGUGCUCGAAUGCAACUCUCAGCUCUCAGCUUCGAAAGUUUUGGGAAGAGGAGGAGAUUCCACAACCUCCACAAAUUUCCCCUGAAGAUCAGGCUU